CAGCAGCAGCUCACAGCGUCACACACCGAACAGUGAGCACAGACUGUGCUGCUGCAGCUGCAGGAGGAGAGAGGAGUAAAUGUUGGUGAAAGGAGUUUGUUGGAUUUAUUAGUUUGUCCGGAGGAAACUGUUCAAACUUCUACAGCCGAGAAUAAAGAGACAUUCAGGAGGAAACAGCAGCAGCUCAUCUGUCAGCGCUGAUGUAAAGCAGUUCCAGGUCAAAGGUCAAAGACUUCCAUUCUCCUGCCUCCGCUUGAACUCAAGAGCCAUUAAACAGGUACAUAUGGGGCAGGGGGAGGUUUCAGCUCGAGGUUCAGCCAUGGAGGGGGACUGCCUCAGCUGUAUGAAGUACCUCAUGUUCAUCUUCAACUUCUUUAUCUUUCUGGGCGGCUCCUUCCUGCUGGGUGUUGGCGUUUGGGUGCUGGUGGACCCGAUGGGCUUCAGGGAGAUCGUGGCAGCCAACCCCCUUCUGUUCACCGGGGUCUACGUCAUCCUGGCCAUGGGCAGCAUGCUGUUCCUGCUGGGCUUCCUGGGCUGCUGCGGAGCCAUCAGGGAGAACAAAUGUCUCCUGCUCUUUUUCUUCAUGCUGAUCCUCUUCAUCUUCCUCGCUGAGCUGGCAGCUGCCAUCCUGGCUUUCCUCUUCAGGGAGCACUUAACCAGAGAGUAUUUCAGCAGGGAGCUCAAACGUCACUACCAAGGUCACAACAACACUGACGUCUUUACAUCCACAUGGAACGCCAUUAUGACCACGUUCGACUGCUGUGGCGUUAGCGGUCCCGAGGACUUCGAGGAGAGCCUCUUCAGACUCCUCAGCCCCAAUAAGAUGGUCCCUGAGGCCUGUUGCCAGAGGAACGGUUACCUCGGAGACGCCGCCGUGGAGCAGUGUGUGAGCGGCAGCGUGGUCUUCAGACACAACAAGGGCUGUUACUCUGCACUGGUCGACUACUUUGAGACGUACAUUUACACAGCAGGAGCUCUGGCCAUCGUGGUGCUGACCAUCGAACUCUUCGCCAUGGUGUUUGCGAUGUGUUUGUUCAGAGGUAUCCAGUAACCGCCGCGUCCACACGCAUCAUCAGCGGCCGUCAGUGCAGAGAACACAAACUGUAAAAUAUGAAAUGUAUUUGUACAGUGAUAGUUUCUGUGUCUCAUUGGUUUUGUGACAUCAUUUUGUACUUCACAGCAGCAGCGAGGCGUUUGAGGUACUGCUUAGGGCACAGUAGACACACACAGGAAGUAAUCCGCCACCUGAAGACGAGGUUCUGCACUGUUUCCUCCAAAGUAAAGGAUUAACACUGGUGCUAAGAGGCUCUGCAGGCUGAGGGCAAACUCAUUUAUAAGUGGUCACUUCAGGAUGAAUCUGUGUCCUGGAAACACGCUCAUGAUUUACAGCCUGAUUCUCACCUCGACUGGUUUUCAGGAUCUCAGAGAGUCUGCACAAUUUCAGCACAGCACAGGUCAGGUUCAAGCAGCACACGAUAAUAGGCAGUGAGCCUCAGAACAGGAUUAUAACGAAAAUGUGAAGAUGAUCAUUUAGUUUGAGCUGAUCAACAAUGGAAAUCAGACGACGUCGGCCUCAUGCAAGAACACUUUUGUUUUCUCAUCAAAAACUUGUCUUUCUCUUUACUGUUGGAAGUCGCCAAACUCAGGACGUGUUGUUAAACAUUUGUUUGAUUCACUGGAUUUGGCUGAUGCGGUCUUCAAAGGACGUGGUCGACGUCGACCACGAAGGCUGCAGCCCCUGAAUUGAGACACAGCCACUGUUAUCAGGUUGUCCAUACAUCCGUCCCAUUCUGGUGAACUUGAUAUCUCAAGAACACCCUGAGGGAAUUUCUUCAAAUUCAGCACAAACGUCCACUUUGACAACAAUGAUCUAAUCAGAAUGUGGUGGUUGAGGGUCAAAGGUCAGUGUGACCUCACAAAAUGUUUUUGGCCAUAACUGAAGGAUUCAUUCACUAAUUAUGACCAAA